AUGGAAAGAGGUGCGGAUAUAUGCCGCCUUGCGAGACAGGACAAUUCGGACAAGGACCUUCCUUUACAAUACAUUCGAGGUGUUCUCUCCCCUGAAACCGAGACGCCAGGAAAAGGGGGUCUUUUCCUCAAAACAGGGUUGCCAGUAAAGCAUAUUGAUCAUGGGAAGGACAAAGAGUUGGAAGAGUUCUUCAAUACACAAUGGUGGAUGAUAGCACCUGUGUUCAAGGACAAAGCAGAACUUGAACUCGCCGCAAGAGAGGUUCUGCCUUUCCUUCCCUUUGAUGGCGAAGAUACAGACGAAAUGGAGACCAAGUAG